UGCGCCCCGGAUUAAAGAGAUCAGCCGUGUGGGAGUUUUUUUUACUAAUAAUGGUAAUAACGUCAACUGCAAUAUUUGUAAAAAAAAUUUAAAGUUUGCUGGUAACACAUCAAAUAUGAACGAUCACCUACGACGAAGGCAUCCAUCAUCACAUAGUGUGGAGGAGACUUCUUCGGCGAUAGUCGAACGAGCACCUGCUGCAAGUGACUUAGAUAUGCCAAGCUGUUCUUCAACGCAAAGAGAUGUGAACUUAACAGUGGAAACUAUUGAAAGUGAGAUAAGUAGUACUUCUUUGGUACCUCCUGUGAACGUAGAAACUACAAGUUCUUCAACAAUACCCAGUAGAAAUGUUUCAGGUGGAGGACCAUUAAAAAGAAGGGCAAUGCAAGCAAAAUUAUUUGUUACAAGCACGCGAUCUGAGCUUUCGGAAACUGAAAAGAGAAGUAUAGAUGAGUCUCUUAUUAAAAUGGUUACAAGAGAUAUGCAGCCACUCUCUAUUGUUGAAAAUGAAGGAUUUCGAGAAUAUACAAAAAAGCUUCAGCCUUUGUAUUCAAUCCCAAACAGAAAACUUCUUUCCAACACAAUGUUGCCUCAAAAUAUAACGAGGCGCGGAAAAAGCUUCAUGCCAUUUUGCAAAAUAUUUCACACCUUUCUAUAACAACAGAUAUGUGGACUACUGACAGCCAGAAGUCUUUUUUGUCUGUAACUAGUCAUUUCAUUUGGGAAAGCAAAAUGAACUCAGCAGUCCUGGCAACUAAAGAAGUGUUCGGCUCACAUACUGCUCAAAAUAUAGCCACAGAAUUAAAAAGCAUUUUUGACGAGUGGUCAAUUUUUAACAAAAUAGUGACGAUAGUGAGUGAUAACGGUACAAAUAUUAAAAAAGCGAUAAGGGAUAUACUGCAAAAACACCACCACCCAUGUGUCGCUCACACUCUAAAUUUAUGCGUUGUGGAUGCUAUAAAGACUGCUCCUCAGAGUUUAGAGCUUAUACCGAAAUACAGAGCUAUAGUAACAUAUUUUCAUCAUAGCUCUCAAGCAGCAGAAAAACUUAAAAAUAUGCAAAAGCAAAUGGGAGUAGCUGAACUUAAGAUGAAGCAAGACGUUGCUACUAGAUGGAACUCUGGCCUUAUAAUGAUGGAACGUAUAUGCUUGAUAAAAGAACCGCUCUCUGCUGUACUAACUUCCUUACCAAGUGCACCGAACUUUCUGAAUGCAUCAGAAUGGGAAAGGUUACGUGAUUCCAUCACUGUAUUGAAGCCGAUAGAGCAUAUGACAACAGAACUUUCAGCACAAAACUACCCAACGAUGUCACUAGUGGUGCCUAUAGUCAGAGGACUGCAAUAUGCAAUAAGAUCCCAGCAAAUGAAAACUACGGAGGGAGAAUGCUUGAAAAGUAGUUUGUUGGAAGUAAUUUCGAGACGACUUGGCCAACUAGAGUCUGACAAGAUGUGUGCCAAAUCGACCUUCUUAGACCCACGGUUUAAAAAGAUUGCCUUUGGAAAUGAAAGUAACUCUAGUAAUGCUCAAAAAUGGUUGGGAGAAGAGGUAUCAGCAUUCAUACAGCGGAACCAAAGGACUGCUACAGCCCCAGUAAUAGAAUUACCCGCGGAUAAAAGUAAAUUAUCUCUUUGGACUCUACUUGACCAAAAAGUAGCGGAAGCAAAAACUAUUUGUCACAACGCCCCUAGUGUUAAUGCACAUAUUUCUUUGGAACAAUAUCUUAGACAAGAUUUCGUUGAGAGACAUCAAAACCCUUUAAACUAUUGGGACAGCAAAAAGGCAACUUUUCCAGAACUCUACAAGCUUUCCAAAAAAUAA